UUAAUCAAAGAAACACGGAGAGAAUUUUCAAUCUUGCCGAGCAGAGGCAUCAAGCAGCAACCCUAAUCCUCUCCGGCGAUCACCAUCUCCAUCUCCAACUCGAUCCUCCGGUGAUGGCACCGCCACCGCCCGCGCCGCCAUCCAUGCCCUCUACCCAGGGCGCGCAGUACGCGCAGCAGUUCCUCACCACCGCGCUCUCCCAGCGCGGCCCCUCCGCUCUUCCUUACGCCGAGGACGCCAAGUGGCUGAUCCGCCAGCACCUCGUCUCCCUUGUUGACGCCUUCCCUUCUCUUCAUCCUAAGGUUACCCACUUCGUUCACAACGAUGGCCGCACCGCGCUCCUUCUCCAGGCCGAGGGCACCAUCCCCAUAGCCUACCAAGGCGCUGUCUACAACCUGCCAGCGUCCAUCUGGCUUCUCGAGACCUACCCCCGAUCCCCGCCGGCUGUCUUUCUCACGCCGACGCAAUCGAUGCUCGUGAAGCCCCAUCACCCGCUGGUUGACCGCUCCGGCUCUGUCCACUCCCCUUACCUUUUAUCCUGGCUCUUCCCGUCAUCCAACCUCGUCGAUCUUGUCCGAUCCCUCUCCCAUGCCUUCUCCCUCGAUCCCCCUCUCUAUUCCCGUCAAACACCUUCUGCAAACCCUAGUCCUAGCCCUAGUUCUAACCCUAACCCUAAUCCUAAUCCUAUUCCUAUUCCUAUUCCUUCGUCGCACUCGUCCCCAGCACCAGCAAGGGUUUUCUCAUCAUCGUCAUCGCCGUAUGCUCGCCCAGCGGCAUCGGUCGAGGACCCUGCUGAAGUCUUCCGCCGCAACGCGAUCUCGAAGCUUGUUGAUACGAUCCAUGGAGACCUUGCUGCGCUUCGUAAAUCUCGCGAGCUUGAGGUGGAGGGGCUUUUCACGACCCAAGCUGGUUUGAAGCAGCGAGAGGAGGAACUCAGGAAGGGAUUGAGAGAGAUGCUGGAUGAAAAGGAGGCGCUUGAGCAGCAGCUGCAGAUGGUACUUAUGAACACUGAUGUUCUUGAAGGAUGGGUGAGGGAGAAUGAAGGGAGGGGUAGGAGGAUUGGAGAUGUGGAUGUGGAUGAUGCUUUUGAGCCUUCGGAUCCAUUAUCCAAACAGAUGCUGCAGUGCACAGCUGCGGACCUGGCUGUGGAGGAUGUCAUUUACUCACUGGAUAAAGCAGCACAAGAGGGAUCGAUUUCCUUUGAGAUGUAUUUGAAGAAUGUGAGGGCCUUGUCUAGGGAGCAAUUCUUUCAUCGCGCAACCGGAGCAAAGGUGAGGGCUGCACAGCUUCAGUCUCAGGUGACGAGCAUGGCAGCGAGGGUGCCCCCACAGUAUGCUUCAUAGUUUGGGAAUGAUGAG